GGAGAGGGAAUGACGUAGCUAGAGAUGACACUAUCAAUAUGAUGACAAAAACCUGAUAAAAUUCCUUCAAUAUCAAUGGAAAGAACUGAAACUAUAUAUGGUGAUUCUUGUACAUUGAGCGAUUAUUAUAUACAGAUAAUUGAUGCCCUUAAGGAACUUGUAACUUCUUCAUUUUUAUUUUUUGUAUUCUGGUUUGUUCUACUCAUCUUCCACCCUUCCUCUCCUUUCGUUUCUCUAUAUAAAGCAAUCACUAGUUCCUAAUUAUUUCCCAUCUUGUGUUGAGUUCUAGUCUAGCAAAUCAACGAAAAUGAAGAAACUCUUAUUUGUUGCUCUUUAUUUAGCUUUGGUUUUAGGAUUCACCGAGAGUUUUGAUUUCCAUGAAAAGGAUUUAGAAUCCGAGGAAAGUUUGUGGGAUUUGUAUGAGAAGUGGAGGAGCCACCACACUGUUUCUACGAGUCUUGAUGAGAAACGCAAGCGUUUCAAUGUGUUCAGGGCUAAUGUCUUGCAUGUUCAUAAUACUAACAAGAUGGAUAAGCCUUAUAAGUUGAAGUUGAAUAAGUUUGCAGACAUGACAAACCAUGAAUUCAGGACCGCUUAUGCUAGCUCUAAAGUUAAGCAUCAUACUAUGUUUCGGGGAGCACCGCUGGGAAAUGGAAGCUUCAUGUAUGGGAACAUAGACAAAGUACCAGCCUCUAUUGAUUGGAGGAAGAAAGGCGCCGUCACUCCUGUUAAGGACCAGGGCAAAUGCGGAAGUUGCUGGGCAUUUUCGACAAUUGUAGCUGUUGAAGGUAUUAACUUUAUUAAGACAAAUAAGUUGAUAUCUUUGUCUGAGCAGGAGUUGGUGGACUGUAACACUGGGGAAAACCAUGGAUGUAAUGGAGGGCUAAUGGAUUAUGCUUUUGAGUUCAUUACGAAACAGAAAGGCAUAACAACAGAAGCUAAUUAUCCUUACCGUGCUCAAGAUGGACACUGUGAUGCUAACAAGGCAAACCAGCCAGCAGUGUCUAUUGAUGGACAUGAGGAUGUGCUUCAUAAUAAUGAGAAUGCAUUACUAAAAGCUGUUGCAAACCAACCCGUAUCUGUAGCCAUAGACGCUGGAGGUUCAGAUUUCCAGUUCUACUCAGAGGGUGUAUUUACUGGAGAGUGUGGAAAAGAGCUGGAUCAUGGAGUUGCAAUUGUAGGCUAUGGAACAACAGUUGAUGGCACCAAGUACUGGAUUGUGAGGAAUUCCUGGGGACCUGAAUGGGGAGAGAGAGGCUACAUCAGGAUGCAGCGUGGCAUCUCUGACAGAAGGGGACUCUGUGGUAUCGCAAUGGAGGCUUCUUAUCCCAUCAAGAAAUCCUCAACUAAUCCUAUAGGACCCGCAGAUUCUCCCAAGGACGAACUCUAAACUACACAUAUACCAUUGACUUCAGUUUGCUGUCAUUUCAUGUUGCUUUUACUGUAUCAAAGUUUGAAACUUUCAGGUCUCUUGAACAAAUACAAACUUUUGUUAACGAUGUACCUGCUUCAAAUCCAUUUACUGGUCAGGGAUUAAUAAAUAUUUCCAAAA